GUAACAUUACUACGUGAAGAUUAGUCACGCACGAGUUUCCGAGCUAGCAAAAUGGAUCAAUCGCCUAGGGACCUAAUCGCCUUUAGAACUGAAGAUGAGAUGCUAGGUGAGUUUAAAGAAUGUUUCGAAAAACCAAAAACAGUACUUGAUUAUAAUUUGGAAUAUGACUUUCCAAUUAAACAAGAGCCAAUUGAGAGUCAAGAAUAUCCAAUAACAGAACUUAAUAACAAUUUAGAAUCUGACUUUCUAAUUAAACAAGAGCCAAGUGAGUUUCAAGAAUGUAACGAAAACCAAAUAACAGUACAUGAUUAUAAUUUUGAAUGUGACUUUUCAAUGAAACAAGAGCCAAGUGAGCAGGACAAUAUGGAAAUUAAAGAGGAAAUUAACGACGAUUUCGAUUAUCAUGACAUAUAUGGCAAUAAAGAUUCAAGCCCGCUUCCAGAGUACGACGAGGAGAAUGAAGAAACAAGUGAGCUUAUGGAGAACAUUGAGAAUCAAGAAACAAGUGAGCUUAUAGAGUACGUUGAGAAUCAAGAAACAAGUGAGCUCAUAGAGUACGAUAAGAAUCAAGAAACAGAACUCAAUGGCGAAGAUCCAUCCUCGGACGACAGCAGACCGAUGGACCCGAUGGAUGGCACGAACGAGGAUCAGCCGAUAGCCACGAGUUGUGCCAACAACAACAACGAUAACAGCAACGACAACAACGAUAACAGCAAAAACAAUAGCAGCGCGAGGACAAAGAUCCCCCUGUGGCAGUUCUUCCACGAGCUGCUGGACAACCCCGAGCUCUACGGCAAGUGCACCCGGUGGGUCGAUCGAAGCCUGGGCGUCUUCAAGAUCGAGGACACGGUGAAAGUGGCGGGGCUCUGGGGUUUGCUAAGGAAAUGCCCGAUGGAUUACGACAAGCUAAGCAGUUUCAUGGAUCGGUACUACAAGAAAAAAAUCAUAAAGAUCGACCCGAGCGGCGAGUUCGGCCCGGAUGUCUUCCAGUUUAGCUCUUGCUAUCUCGAAUGAACGGUGCGGCCGUUGUGUUUUUAUACUUUUAGAUAUAUGUCGUGAUUCGUGCUGUAGAUUAUAUAAAGAUAUACGUAUGGAGAUGCUUACGUAUGUGCGAUUUGUGUCCUUUAAUUGCGGAUAAAACUUUUGGAGUCGAUCUCCUUCGAAUCAUUAUAAAACGACUGCGAAUGGUGCCGAUCUUUUUUGAAUUUAUACCGAAAGAAGACCGCGACAUAUUGAUCUAAUGUAUUUUUAAAAGACUAAUCUAUACAUUUUUACAUCGUGAUAUUGUAAUAAAUUGUAAAAAAAAAUCAAUAAAUUCUCCGAGAAAAUCGGAAAGAAUGCUUAA